UCAACUAUGAAUCAAUAACCUGGACCACUGGCAUGCAUGCCAGCAGUGGAGGAAAUUUAGCAGGCCUGGGAGGGAUAGCAGCCCAGUCGGUGGCUGUUCGGAGGUGUGGAUUUACCAUUAAUUGAUCUAUGCUUGGCCAGCUGCUGGCAGUCAUCUGAGUUAUCUCCAGUAAGCAGGAAGUUGCAGGUGUAUAGGAAAUUAAUCCAUUUUCAGCCCCAGAAAUUCAGGAGUGUAGACUUUUAUGACUGUAAACAGAGCAGUAACCACAUGCUUUGGAUACUGUACAGUGCUUUAGGAACACCCUGCCCUAGCUCAGCCAAAGGGGGAGAGAGAGGAAGUUGAAAAGUUUUUCACCAGGCACUGGCUUCUGACCAAAUUUGUGAGAAUUUGCUGCUGUAAUUUGCAACACGAUAGAGUGGCUCGGCAGAAGGACCUCGAUCUCAGCAUGGCAGAGGCUGCUGCUUGGCUUGAGCUAACAGAGCUGUGCUCAUUUUGUGGAAAGCAGCAAGAGAGUCCAAGAUUCUCUUGGAUUCACCCUUUAUAGAUGAAUGGGGAUGAAAAUAAGCUCAGUGUUUUGUGCACUUUCCAGCUAGUGAGUCAUGGAUGAGUGGGGAUUGCUGGGGCCUUUUGGUGCCAAAAGCCAUUUGGGAAAAGAGUUGCACAAGUAGACCAUCUGAACUCCCUCUUCCCCUCCCACCUCCUUUUUUUCCUUUUAAUGAUGACAGUUAUCAUGUGUUUUAGCCAAAGUCUUUAAUCACAGAUGACAUUCAAAACAGUAGGAGAUGGCUUCUAGCUAUAUACGCUGCUUAUUUUCUACUGGUCUGUCCUGAAGCAGCUGGAACCAGGGUCCAAAUAAAUUGUCCUAGAGAAAAAAUGCUUGCCUCAACAUAAACUUGCAAGUAAACCUCCAAAUGUUGGUGGCCCACAACAAUGUUUGCUAAUUGUGAACCAGUUUUAGUCAUUUAUGGACUGUAUGACUGCUUAGUCAAGAGUUCUUAUCCAGGAGUCCUGACCCCUGGCUUACAAGAAAACUCAAACAGCUACAUUCUGGCUACAUUUAUUACACUCAUAUCCCCUUUUUCCCCUGUGGAAUCAACUUGACAUAUGCUGGGUUUCCAUGGGGUCUCCCAUUUAGGCGUUGACAAGAUCAAGAACCUCUAAGUUCAGGCAACAUAUUUCAUCAGAAUUGAAUGCCCUGGGAAUUGAAUGUUUAAGAAGUUCAGAAAGUGAAGAUAAUCUAGGAACAAGUAAAGCUGCCAUAUAUCAAAUGAGCUCAUUGGUCCCUUUUGCUGAGUUCUGUUAACAGUAGUAAUGGCACUUCAAGAUUCCAGACCAGAGCCCUUCCCAGCUCAGUCUGUGGAGUCAGAGAAUGUGCCAUAUAUACAAAGCAUAUGAUUUUUCACUGAACUACAGGACUUCUCCUUGUAAGGAAUUUGUCAAAGGAAAACUUCUAGAAGAGCAAACUAUUAUCUCCACUAAGGGAUCAGAGGAGUUGUAAUGUGAGAUUGCUAGUGCCUCUUAUGCAAAAUAGUGGCUAUUUAGAUGGGAAGCAGAAACACAAAACAACAUUCAGGGAAAUCGGAUGCUUCCCUUCCUUAUGUUCUUGCAGUCCAUUCCUCUGCAGGGCACUGGGCAUGGUGGAAGAGAGAAGUCCCUUGCAUUUCCCUACAGCUGCCCUGCUUUCCCCAGCAAGAGGUUUCAGUCUCUGCCCUUGUCUUCUAGGCAGGUUUCAAUGCCGGUGAUGGAAAACGGUAUUUUAACAUCCCCGGAUCCCGCACUGAUGACAUUGUCGACGUGGAGAUGACGACAAAUGUGGGUAUCCCCGGGCGCUGGGUAUUCAGAAUCGAUGAUGCCCAGGUGCAAGUGGGGGGCUGCAACAACACAACUUCAGUGUGUUUGACACUUCGUCCUUGCUUGAAUGGAGGAAAAUGUAUUGAGGACUGCAUCACAGGGAACCCUUCAUACACUUGUUCUUGUCUCGCUGGUUUCACUGGAAAACAAUGCCAAAUUGAUGUGGAUGAGUGUGCGUCCAAUCCAUGUCAUAAUAAAGCAUCUUGUAUCAGUGGCAUCAACAGCUUCAGCUGUUGGUGUGCACCAGGAUUUAAAGGAGCUACAUGUGAAAUUGAGGAGUCUCCAUGUAAAACCAAAGAAUGCCAAAAUGGUGGGGAGUGCCAAAUAACAAACACAACAGCUGUCUGCCUUUGUCAGCCAGGUUAUACUGGAGAAGACUGUGAAAUAGAAAUAAAUGAAUGUGAGUCCAGCCCGUGUCUGAAUGGUGGGCAAUGUAUGGAUCUUGUUAACAACUAUACUUGUUCCUGUGCAACACCUUUUACUGGACAGCAUUGUGAAAUAGAUCCUUCAACCUGUGAGGGCAGAAAUUGCAGGAAUCGGCAGAUGUGCAACUAUAUUCGCCCAGGGCGCUAUGUCUGCACAUGCUCACCAGGCUACUAUGGGAACAAUUGCCAAUAUGGUGGCCCUAGAAUGUCUAAUGCCUGCAGCUCCAAUCCAUGCCAGAAUGAGGGCACAUGUCUUGAAAGCAGUCAAGGUUAUGUUUGUGAAUGUGCAGAAGGCUAUGCAGGCACUGACUGCAGAGAUAAACUCUCAGAUGACUGCGAGUGUCGAAAUGGAGGAAAAUGCCUGGAUGGAAAUAUCACUGUGUGCCAUUGCCCACCUGGAUAUUUUGGGCUUCUUUGUGAAUUUGAAGUGACUACUACACCUUGCAAUAUGAACACCCAGUGCCCUGAUGGGGGUUAUUGUAUGGAGUAUGGUGGCAGUUACCUUUGCGUGUGCCAUACAGAUUAUGGCACUAAUCACACUGAGCCACCCUCUCCAUGUGACUCAGAGCCCUGCCUGAACGGUGGAUCUUGUGAUGCUCAUGAAGACUCCUACAUCUGUGACUGUCCCCGAGGCUUCACUGGAAAAUAUUGUGAGAAAGCAAGACCCAAAUUGUGCAGCUCUGGGCCCUGCCGCAAUGGAGGGACCUGUAAGGAAUCAGACGGGGAAUACCACUGCACCUGUCCCUACCGCUUUACAGGGAAACACUGCGAGAUAGGUAAACCUGAUCCUUGUACCUCAGGGCCUUGUCAUAAUGGGGGCACCUGUUUCCAUUAUAUUGGCAAGUACAAAUGUGACUGCCUGCCUGGAUACACUGGACGACACUGCGACAUAGCUCCUUCUCCUUGUUUCCUGCAUCCAUGCAAAAAUGGGGCCACUUGUGAGGAUUUUGGCAACAGCUAUGUCUGCAUAUGCUCUGCAGGUUACACAGGAAGACACUGCCAAUCAGAGAUUGACUGCGGAAUCCCCACUGAAGUGAAGCAUGCGCAGUUAGCAUUUAACUCCACUAAGAUGGGCUCCUUGGCAAUAUAUCACUGUGCUCUUGGUUAUAUUCUGAAUUCCCAAAAUAACCCUCGCCUAUGUUUGGCAAAAGGCAUCUGGAGUGACCCACCAGAAUGCAAUGAAAUCGAUGAGUGUAGAUCACAACCCUGUCUGAAUGGGGGGUUGUGCAAAAAUCAAAUUGCCCAUUACCUUUGCUUGUGUAAAGCUGGCUAUACAGGAAGCAACUGUGAGUCGGAAAUUAAUGAAUGUCAAUCUAACCCAUGCAAAAAUGGUGGUGUCUGCAAAGACCAGCCAGGAUCAUUUAUCUGUCAUUGUUCUGAAGGCUUCGUUGGAACGCAGUGUGAAAUGGAAGUGGAUGCCUGCAAAUCAAAUCCAUGUCGGAAUCGAGGAAGUUGUGAAAGUCACAGUGGUUCUUACCUGUGUGUUUGUCCAGAGGGCUUCUUUGGCUAUCACUGUGAGUCAGUUAGUGAUCCCUGUUUCUUCAAUCCAUGUGGAAAUAGAGGCUACUGUCUACCAACUAAUGAAUCCCACAUCUGCACCUGCAAAGUGGGCUAUACUGGCAGGAAUUGUGAGAAAGAGCUGCUGCCACCAAUGUCAUUAAAGGUGGAAAAAGUGGAGGAGAAUGGGUUGUCAAUCUCUUGGCGCCCACCCAAGGACCAGGCUGCCAAACAUAUAAUUGAUGGCUACGCCGUGACGUACGUAUCCUUCGACGGCUCUUACCGCUGGACUGAUUAUGUGGACCGAAGUCGUGCUGCCCACCAUUUGCGGGCACUAGCCUCCGGCAAAGCCUACAAUAUUUCUGUCUUUUCAGUCAAACGCAAAUCGAAUAACAAGAAUGAUAUCAGCAGGCCCAUCAUGCUCGUCACUCGUACUAGACCUCACCCAGUAGAAGGAUUUGAAAUAGCCAAUGUGACUUCCACAACCAUUACUGUGCAAUGGGCUCUUCAUAAACUCAAACAUGCCACAGUCAGCAAGGUGCGCCUGUCCAUACGGCAGCCAGAAGAUGUAGAGGAUCAUGCUGUAGAAUUAAACAAUACUAUGACCAAAUACACAUUUUGGGACCUUCAACCAGGACAGAAGUAUCUUAUCCAUAUGUGGACCUUAAGUGGCCUUAGUAGUGAAGAUCAUGCCACAGAGAGCUUUGCUACAUCUCCUUUUUACGUCUGGACCCGACCUCUGCCUCCUAGAAACCUCACUGCAUCCAGAGUUGCAGCCACCUCUGUCCAGAUGACUUGGGAACAACCCCUUGUGGGCUCAGUGGAAGGCUACAUCAUCAAUGUCAGUACCAGCCAGAGUGUAAAGAGCCGCUAUGUCCCCAAUGGAAAAUUGUUUUCCUACACCGUGCGUGACCUGAACCCAGGUCAAAGGUAUCGCUUAUCUGUGAUGGCUGUUCAAAAUACUGAUCAAGGACAAGUGAUGAGUGAGCCAGCCCAUCUUUACAUUACGGCCUUGCAGAAAGAUGGAACCUCUGAAAGACGCUGGAGCCAAACUGGGCAUCCACGGAUGCUGAGAAACAGAGUGCCCCCAACUUUCCUACCAGAAUUGCAUGUGCUUGCUGAGCACUCUGUCCCCGAGGAGCCCUCACUAACAGCCAGGUUUACAGAACUAGUGGAUGGCAGAGGAAGGAUCACUACUAAAAUCAGCAGCUCUCCAAGUCGAUCAGUUUCUGUGAAAACACAACCAGAAGUUCUCACGAAAGUUGAAGAAAAUGUGGAGGAAUCAACUAGUCGGGCCAAACUAGCAGUGCAGCUGUCAGAACCUGAGAGUACCAAGAGAGAAAGUGAGAGGCAGAAUUGUUCCAUAAACUUCUGCAAAAAUGGUGGGACCUGUGUUGCUGGAUUAGAGUCUUAUAAUUGUGACUGUACUCCAGGAUUCAAAGGCAGAUUAUGUGAACUAGCUUGUAAAAAAGUGCCUCAGUCUUGUACUCGGUUGUACUCUGAAACAAAACCUUUUCCAGUCUGGGAAGGAGGUGUCUGCCAUUAUCUAUACAAGAGAGUCUACAAAGUGCACCAGGACAUUUGUUAUAAGGAGAGUUGUGAGAGUACUGGAACAAAUAAGGCACUCAGCAGAAAACAAAUCAACAGGCACUGAAACCCACAGUAAGUAUCUUUAUUAGGCAGUGGAUGGGAAUGAUUGUUCCAUUAACUGAUACACUAGAUAAAUCAGGAAAUUUAGACACUUGAUAAAUCGGAGUUCCUUGGACAAGAAGUGUCUGGACUCAUUUUAUAAUUUCCCAUAUCUUAAACCAUGGGUAAAGCAUCAUUGACAAGCAAAUAUUUAGAUCUCCUUUUUGAGGAACCUCUAAGAUAUUGAUAGCCUGCCAAACAUUAGAAGGAAACUGUAGCUAUAUUCACUGAAUGCCACAAAAUAUUUUGUGAAUGUGAUGGAAUUAGCAAGGCAUACUAAUAAUGAUUGGGUUUUUAAAAAAAAAUCAAAAAAACAGGCAUAAUAAGAAAAUUUAUAAGAACAUAUACAACAUUUAUAUUUAUGUACAUUUAUAUAUAUUAUAUAUUGCAUUUAUAUUUGCAUGUAUUACAGAGCUAAGUAAAGCUAACCAAAGCAAUGCUUCAUAACAUACUGUAUAGAAAUGUAUUUUCAAUUCAUUAGAGCAACCAGAUUAUUCAUGGUUAUUCAUUAUACUCUGGAAGAUGUUUCUAGCUGAAUGCAUGUAUAUGUGCAGACAGCUAGGAACAGCUCACAAAGUAACCACGUGAGUCUUGCAAAGGAUCCAUCAGUUUUAACUGUUUGAAAAUAGAUGCUUUGUAUAUUUUCUCUUACAUUGCAAAGUCCUUUUUCCCCUGGUUUAUUCAGCCACAGUAUGCCUCACCUUUUUUAAUAUAUUGUAUUACAGCUUUUAUUUCUGCUUUCCUAUAGUGCUUAUUUGAUAAUGGCUGAUGGAAAACAGUUUCUCAUUUUAAGGUUGUGUCUCAAUCCUUAAAUGGAAGAGGAAGAUUCCCUCCAUUAAGUCUUCUACUGAUAAGUGCCAGAGUUGUUGUACCAACAGAAUUCCUCACCGUGAUCCUACUUGCUUUUGGAGUACCAAGGAACUGCUCUCAAGGAAUGCUGAAUAACAGUGAUCUGCUACAGAUUUUAAUUGCAAUGUGAAUAGAGAACAAAUCCAUUUAUUAAUUUACAAUUGAAAUACAAAUAUUUGGCAUGAAAUGGAGAAUUAUUACAUCCCUACCUGCAAUACCGAACAAUCUAGAUUGUCUUCAACUUCACAUCAUCCCAAGGAUAUAAUAGCUUCAUCAUGUCAACUGAUUUUUUUAAACCGGGGGGGGGGGGGGCAGCUAGAACAAAGGACUUUCCACCUUUUUUGUUCAAGAGCUAUAUAGCCCCUUCUCUUCAGCAAGAUUAUAUCUCACUUUCAUUUCCAGCUUCUUUUCAUCAUAGGAUUUAAUUUCAUUAUAUAAAUUGAGUAAAAGUUCUUUUGCAAGCUACCUGCAGAACAGUACUCAAGCUUUAACAGCAUUUGAGAUUUGGAUAUACAAUCUGAUUUAUGGACUGCCUUAAACCUGAGUCCUGUGUUCUCUUUAUAACCUAAAACAAAUCUUAUUGCCUCAGAAAUUGAUCCUCAAACACUUAAAAUCACAUAUACAAACCCUUGUCGUUUGUUUUUUUUUUGUUCCUUGACAAAAUUAAUGUAAAUGAAAAAUUAUCCAAUUUGUUUAGCCCUCAAUUCCUUAUUGCUAACAAAUUAUCAACACUUCAGAAGUUAGAAUAAGAAAAAACCUGGUAGCAGCAGCAAUAGAGGACUCUACCUGUCUUUUAGAAAAACCCAAGAGAUUUUGUUCGGCCUUCAAAUGCUGUUUAUGAAGGUUUCUGUGCGUUCAUAAAGAAUUUUAUUGAAAACCUUAAUGUUUAAUAGGUAAAGUAUUUCCUUUGAUAUUCUUAAAAGACAAAAUUGUGAUGCCGAUGGGAAAAAAAGGCUUCCAUCCUUCUUCAGUGGUGUUUAUUUUGCAAAACACGAUGACUAGCCUUCAAAAAGUCUUACUAUUACCUAGCCUUUGUGAACCAUAUGACUAGUUAAAACAAUAAGAUUGUGUUAAUAGACAUAUAUUGUAUUUUAUAAAGCAAUACAACUAGAGAGUCAAAGUUUUAAAUUACCAUUCUGGCCGGUAUUGGUUUAUUGCAGAAGAGGCACACCCAUUGCCUGCAACAUAAUUCAUGGCAAACUUUAAGAGCUGUAAAUAUUGUUUAUUUAGCAUAGAGGAGCAUAUUGAAAAGGGGAUAUUUUUCUAAUUGGAAAGACAAUAAUCCUUGCUAUUGGCAGAAAUAGCACAAAGUGGUUCCAAAGUUCCUUUAUUCUUUUAAUAUUUUAACUAAUUUUUACUUGUUUUAUAACUUUUAAGCUGCCCAGAGUCAUCUUGUAGGGGAGGUGGGUGGUAUAAGAAAUUAAUAAAUAAAUAAAAAAUUUAAAACCCUAGAAGUCAAGAGAUGCUUAGUCGCAUUCCUACAUAAGUUAUUUAUGUGUGCUGUGAGUAAUGGGUGAUACUGUCCAUUUGUGAUUCUUUUCCCUGAUGGGAGAUGGCACAACACUAAAGGGCCACAGAUUGCAUUAAAAAUGUAUAAGUACAACUUUUAAAAACCCAGUAGUCUUCUGCUAAAGUCAGUGUAACCAGCAGAAAUAUUUGCACAUUUGUUUACAUUAUCAGGUUGAAUUGGUAUAUUGUUCCCUCUAUUUCUGAUGUGACAGAAUCUGGGGAAAAAAAUAACUAAAUGAGAACUGAGCAUGGUCAGCAGAAAAUGUGUAUUAGGAAGACUAUAUGAAAGGAAGAAGGAAGUGAAAUCCUUGGAAUUUUGAACCACCACAUCAGCACUGCAGUUACGCUACAUAUUUGGCUUAUGAGAACCAUCUCACCUUUUAACUAGAAUAUCAAAGAUUCCAAGACUAAAGAGAACAAAGAAGGGGUAGCACCAAAAUAUUACAUUUUUCAAAAUCCAAAGUAAAGUUUUAAAAUAGUAUCUGCAGAAGACAAAGGGUAUGACAGAACUUUAUUGCUUGUUCCUUGUUUGUCACACAGUUUUCCCUAGAGACUGUCUUAAGGCAGAAGAGGACCAUUAUCAAUCCAGUACUCUGUAGUCCGGUCAAGGCAUAUGUAAUGCACCAAUAAACUAAAAAGGUUUUAUUUUAUUAAA